AUCCACCUCAAAAUUACGAACGGUAUUUGGAAGAUCAUAACAAGUACCGCAGACUGGUGCUUGACGGAAAAGUGCGUGAACAGCCUCAAGCCACGUUCAUGUACAAGAUGAAAUGGAAUGCGGCACUUGCUCUAUUGGCUCAACGUUCGGCAGAGGAAUGCAAUUUUGAAAUUACAGGACACCCCACAACAAACGUAAACAAGGCCGCUUCUCCAGAACAUAAUUACGAGU